UCGUGCGAGGAGGCAUUUCUUUUUGUUCCACUUUCUGAAAAUGGCGAAUAUCAAUCUGGCCGUUUUCCUGUUGGCAAUAAUUCGAUUGUUUUUUGUAAGAUCAGUCCAAAAACGAGCUGAUCUGCUACAUAAGGUGGCACGGAGGAGAACCAGGCGUCUCACAUCGGCAAGGAGAAGCAGACGUCUCAUAUUCACAAGAGUUCCUCUGGCAGCCCUAGCCAGACAUGAACAACUGGGUCUUCCGUGUAUCUACUGCCUUCCCAACAUAAAGGUGCCCGUCCUGGCCAACUACGCUGAUGGUCAGUCUGACACAAGACAGGAUUUUCGGUUGACCCGCAGGACCAUCAAUCAUCUGGUGGAGCAGCUUCGGGUUCCUCACAAUCAGGGGUGGGCACAGGAGACUGAGGUCCUGGUGUUCCUUUUCUGGCUGGGCUGUGGCACAUCUUACCGUGUGGUAGCCAGGGCCUUUGAUAUGCCACGGUCCACUGUAAGUGACAUUGUCCACAGGACGGCAGACCGCAUCCUCCAGCUGAUGCGCAGGGUCAUCCGGCUUCCCAGUAGGGCUGAACUGCCAUUAGUCGCCUCUGGAUUUGAGCAGCUCGCUGGGUCUGCUGCUUUCCAAAAGGUCGUGGGGAGCAUUGAUGGCUGCCACAUAAGAAUCAAGGCUCCAAAAGAAGAUCCAGCUUCUUAUUUUAACAGGAAGCUUUUUUAUUCAAUUCAGAUGCAGGCUGUUUGCGACUCGAAUGCCAAAUUUUUAGACAUCUUUGUUGGUUAUCCUGGAUCGGUCCAUGAUUCACGGGUUCUGCGCAACAGCCCAAUUUACACCAAUAAAACAUACCCACCUGAAGGAUACAUCCUUUUAGGUGAUGGUGGGUAUCCCUGCAUUGCGCAACCCAUCACGCUGCUGACACCCUACAGGGAACCCCUAAGAAAUGCGGUUGAGGCCCGAUACAACCGGCACCACGCCAAGGCACGCUCUGUGGUGGAAAGAGCCUUUGGAAUGAUGAAGACGAGGUGGAGAGCCAUAUUUCUGGGGGCGUUGGAAGUUAAAUCAAAAUUUGCCGUCAAAAUCAUUGCCUGCAGCGCCAUCCUGCACAAUAUGUGCAUCAGUGAAGGGGACUGGUUGGAGCCCACAGUUGAGCCACAGCAGGACAACGCCAGGAACCAGCAGGACGAGCAGAGUGGAAUCCGUCUGCGAGGCCAAAUCUCUGGUUUCCUGUCAGCUCCAACUGGGCCACAAAUGGCUCUAGAAGAACAUGAUUAUUGUUAA